UUUUGUGGCUACAUAUACAUCUAAACAAAUAAAUGAGUUGCUUGAUAAAACUGAAAAAAAUGAAGCAAAAUUUAAUAAGCUAAUAAAGAAACAGUUACGUAUUAUAUUAGAUGAUUUAUUUAGUGAUGAGGAGUCUGAUUUUGAAACUGAAACAGAUAUUAAUAUUGAGCCAUCACAUGAAUAUGAAAAUGAAAUAAUUCCUAUUCAAAACUAA